AUGGCCAAAGAAAUUUUCAAAACACGUCUGGCAUUCAAGGUUACUUCUUAUAAUUUCAGUGACAUUAUGUUCUCUCCCUAUGGCAAAUACUGGAAAGAAUUACGAAAAAUCUGCAACAUGGAACUUCUCAGUUCAGUCCACAGCGCGUGCAAACUUUCAAAUCGAUUAGAGAAGAUGAGCAUCACGAGUCGCGCAGCAUUUGAAAAAAGAAACAAAGACACAGAAAAGUUUAUACAGCUUAUAGAUGAAACCAGUAGUCUGGCGUCAGGGUUCAGCUUAGCGGAUAUGUACCCUUCUAUUAAGUUGCUUCAAAAAGUGGAAGUAGGAAAACAGGAUGGUGGAGGAGGUAGGGAGGAUCUCGUUGAUGUUCUUCUCAAUAUUCAGAAAUCUGGUGACUUUGAACGUCUACUAGCUGAUGCAAACAUCAAAGCAGUUAUCCUAAGAAUUUCUUUGUGUGAUGUCAAUGCACGGGCCUGCGGCUCCUACAGUCACACUUUGGCUUCUAGGGUGCAGGACAUUUUUGCUGCUGGUAGUGAGGCAUCAGCAACGGCCAUGGAGUGGGCAAUUUCGCAAACGAUCAGAAACCCAAAAAUAAUGAAAAGGGCACAAAAUGAGGCGAGAAGCAUCUUCAAUGACAAAGGAAAUGUUGAUGAAUCAACGCCUUCAUGA